ACACAUACUGGCACAAACCGACACAACCAAACGGCCAGUGGAUAUAGCGGAUCGAGGCGAAAAAGGAUGGCACCGAACAGAUAGCUGAAAAAACACAUGUUUGGGACCUGAAAUUCGUCCGUAUUUCCGUUGCCGUUGCGUAGUGUAUCGGUGCGUCGGUGGAAAACCGUAAGCCUUUUUUCCUGUAGCAGUAAAUGAGUGGUUAAAAAAGCGAAAGACAUAGCAAAAGUACAAUUUUACGUGCCAAGUGUGGUGUGCGUUUGUGUGGAUCGGGAGCACCCGAUUCCCCGAUCCUGUGACAAAUUUGUGUUCGAAGCAACAUAAAUGCUCUCCAGCAAAUGGAUUGGUUCCUUCCCUUAAACUAGCCUGUCGUUUGUCCAAGGGGAUUAACCUACUUUUUUUUCGGUGCGUCAAACGAGCGCGACAAACCGGCACACCGUGGGUCCGGAUCGCGGAUGAGGAUUUCCCAGCACGGGGACGUACCUUUGGCUAGCGAAACCUCCGAAACCGUCCAAUGGCCUUCCUGUACGAUCCGGAAGUAGGAAGCUACCUGUUGUAUGUAAGUUCUGCAUGACCAACUCUCAUCUCCCGUAGGAACCGAACCGAUCGUCCGGAUCCGUGCUCCGUGUCUUGUAGUUUGGUAUCCCGGUGUGUGUCUGUGUAUCAUACGUACCAACCGGUGUGUCCCCUGUAUGCUCCUCGGGGGGGUGUAUGUAUGUGUACGUUUGAUUUGUGUUUCGUAAACGUUUCAUCCCAGCAAACGAAAGAACUUCGUUCUGCACCUGCAGGAAAUCCGUUUCCCGUGUAACCGACGUACCAGUGUGUGCGGGAUUCCAAAAUCGCAUCCGUCAGCUGGAUCUGGCUGAGUGGAUCAACGCGCGCGUGUGAGUGUUUGUGCGGGGACAGUAACCCGUGUCAGCGCGGAACCCGGGUCUUAUCAGCGCAAAAUUGUGGACGACGACGACGACGGGUGUUGUCGGACGCGCUGUCCACCACGAGCAAGAUAAGCGACCGCGACAACCACCCCAAAAAAAGGUUUUCGAAUCCGAGUUUUCUACGCGGAGGGGUCGGCUCAUCCCGUACGGGUGGCCACCACCGCAAUAACAGUACCGCAUCAACAAAACCGAGGUGAUGCGGAACAUUGUCCAUCCGUCCCGUCCGUACUGUGCGCGUCGUUCACUGUCCUGCAUGUCCUGUUCACUGUGUAAGCGGACGUCCGUACGCCGUCACUAAUCGCGCCCAGUGUGUGUGUGUGCGUGGUGUGCAUUUGUGUGUCUAUCGAGCAUGUCUUACACCGAGCUGGAGAGUGGCUACCAGGGCCUCAAGCAAGCGUCCUCGAGCGAUGGCAUUAUUGGCAGUGCCUUACAGACAUCGUCUGGGCGGCCCGGAUUCUACGUUGGCGAUGAGCACCAGCACACAACGCCAAUCGUUUCAGUUCACCGGAAGUCCACACUUUUGCAAUUCGUCGCUGAACUAAACCGGCACUUUGAGCAUAGGCGUUUAGUGGACGCGUUACAAGUGACACAAUAGUGAAGCAAUAGGAGCUGUACUGUGCGUUAAAAUCGAAAACAAAACCUUAAAUAAAAAGACAAAGUGUGUAAAAAAACGUGUAAAAGCCAGCAAAAAAAACCGAUCAAUAGUGUCCAGUGUGCUACUGGACUGGCACCAUCGACGAUAUCCAGUAAGAAACAAUGGAGUGGUCUUGGUUGCGUGACUGGUGGCGGAUGGCCAAGUUCCGCCGUGCCGAUCGAACAAUCCCAACCGUCCAGCGUCACCGAAAUCGUGGCAGCGGUGGUAAUGCUAAUGCUGCUGCCUUUACGGAUGGCGCACUGGGCGGAGAUGCUGACGGACAGACAGAACAGCAGUUACCGGGCGAUGAUGGUGAACCAAGUGUUGUUAGGCCCGUACGGUUUUUCGUCGAUCGUCCGGAUCACGCAAAUGAUGACGAUGAUGAUGAGCAGUCGGUGGUGGAUGAGGAGGAGGAAGUGGAGGAAGUAGAUCCGGACGGAGAACUGUACUCAGAUACUGAGCUGGACCAGCAGGCGGAUUCGGAUCCGGGGGCGUUGUACGAUCAUCUCUACUGUAACUGUAAAAAAUGCUUGAUGAUGAGAGGUGAUCUUGAUCCAACUGAUGGGCUCGAUUCGGACGACUCGUCCACGUCCGGCAAGCAGGUCGUGGUGGCGGUUUGCGCCAUGUCGAAGAAAUCCCAGUCGAAACCGAUGAAGGAAAUACUGACCCGGCUGCAGGAGUUCGAGUUCAUCCGGAUGGUGGUGAUCGGCGAAGAGAUCAUACUGAACGAACCGGUCGACCGGUGGCCCCUGUGCGACUGUCUCAUCUCCUUCCACUCGAAAGGAUUCCCGCUCGAGAAGGCGAUCCAGUACGCGCAGCUCCGCCAACCGUACGUUAUCAACAAUCUGCACAUGCAGUUCGAUAUCCAGGAUCGCCGACGAGUUUAUGCGAUCCUGGAAAAGGAGGGGAUUGAAAUACCACGGUACGCUGUGCUAGAUCGUGACUCACCGGACCCGAAACAGCACGAGCUGGUAGAAUCAGAAGAUCACGUAGAGGUGAACGGGAUCGUGUUUAAUAAACCCUUCGUGGAAAAACCAGUGUCCGCCGAGGAUCACAACAUCUACAUCUACUACCCAACGUCCGCGGGCGGUGGCAGCCAACGGUUAUUCCGCAAGAUCGGUAGCCGCAGUAGCGUCUACUCGCCGGAAUCACGGGUACGCAAGACGGGAUCGUUCAUCUACGAAGACUUUAUGCCCACCGACGGUACGGACGUGAAGGUGUACACGGUCGGACCGGACUAUGCGCACGCGGAAGCCCGCAAAAGUCCUGCCCUGGAUGGGAAGGUUGAGCGGGACAGCGACGGUAAAGAGAUACGCUACCCGGUGAUCCUGAGCAAUGCCGAGAAGCUAAUUUCACGCAAAGUGUGCCUUGCCUUUAAGCAGACCGUGUGCGGUUUCGAUCUGUUGCGCGCGAACGGCAAAUCGUUCGUGUGUGACGUAAACGGGUUCAGCUUUGUGAAGAACUCGAACAAAUACUAUGACGACUGUGCAAAGAUACUUGGCAACAUGAUACUGCGCGAGUUGGCACCCCAGCUGCACAUACCGUGGUCGGUACCGUUUCAGCUGGACGAUCCACCGAUCGUGCCGACCACGUUCGGCAAGAUGAUGGAGCUGCGGUGCGUAACCGCCGUCAUCCGGCACGGUGAUCGGACGCCAAAGCAGAAGAUGAAGGUGGAGGUGCGGCAUCAGAAGUUUUUCGAAAUUUUCGAAAAGUACGACGGGUACCGGUACGGGCACAUUAAGCUGAAGCGCCCGAAGCAGCUGCAGGAGAUACUGGACAUUGCCCGGUCGCUGCUGGCGGAGAUACAGACCAAGGCGGCCGACUCGGAGAUCGAGGAAAAACAGAGCAAACUGGAGCAGUUGAAAAGUGUGCUGGAGAUGUACGGACAUUUCUCCGGCAUCAACCGUAAGGUGCAGAUGAAGUAUCAACCCAAGGGUCGACCGAGAGGAUCAAGCUCAGACGAUGGUAAACACGAUUGCCGAUCCUUUGUUAUUGUGUCUGACGCACCGAAGGAACCCUCGCUGGUACUAAUUCUCAAAUGGGGCGGCGAGCUUACACCGGCGGGUCGCAUUCAGGCCGAGGAAUUGGGUCGUAUUUUCCGCUGUAUGUAUCCCGGCGGACAGAGCCGUCAGCCAGGCGUCGGUGAAGGUCCCGGCGCCCAAGGGCUCGGUUUGCUACGCUUACACUCCACCUUUCGGCAUGAUCUCAAAAUUUACGCCUCGGACGAAGGUCGGGUGCAGAUGACAGCUGCCGCCUUUGCCAAAGGGCUGCUAGCGCUCGAGGGCGAACUGACCCCGAUCCUGGUGCAGAUGGUAAAGAGCGCCAACACGAACGGACUGCUCGACAACGAUUGUGACUCGAGCAAGUACCAGAACAUGGCCAAAUCUCGCCUGCACGAGCUGAUGCAGAUCGAUCGAGAAUUUACGGCCGAGGACCGGGCAGCAAUUAAUCCUGGCAACGCGAUCAGCAUUAAUCUGGCGAUGAAUUUUGUCAAGAAUCCGGUGCAGUGUUGUGCGCAGGUACACUCGCUGAUACGUUCGCUGAUGGCGGUGGUAGCGGUCAAGCGCGACGAUCCGAAAACGCGUGAUGCCGUGCUGUACCACGGUGAAACGUGGGAGCUAAUGGGACGGCGAUGGGGCAAGAUCGAGAAAGAUUUCUGCACCAAGAACAAGAACUACGACAUCUCGAAGAUCCCGGACAUUUACGACUGCAUCAAGUACGAUCUGCAGCACAACCAGCACACGCUACAGUUCGAUCUGGCGGAGGAGCUGUACAUAUCGGCCAAAUAUCUGGCGGACAUUGUCAUCCCACAGGAGUACGGCUUAACGACGCACGAGAAGCUGACGAUCGGGCAGGGUAUCUGUACGCCGUUGCUGAAAAAAAUCCGUGCCGAUUUGCAGCGUAACAUUGAAGAGCUGGGCGGUGAGGAGAGCGUGAACCGGCUUAAUCCUCGGUACAGCCACGGCGUUUCGAGCCCGGGCCGGCACGUCCGGACGCGGCUGUACUUCACGAGCGAAAGCCACGUACACUCACUACUGACCGUGCUACGGCACGGCGGUCUGCUGAACGUGCUGACCGACGAGCAGUGGCGCCGGGCGAUGGAGUACGUGUCGAUGGUGUCGGAGCUGAACUACAUGUCGCAGAUCGUGAUCAUGCUGUACGAGGACCCGAUGAAGGAUCCCAGCUCCGAGGAACGGUUCCACGUCGAGCUACAUUUCAGUCCCGGUGUGAACUGUUGCGUGCAGAAAAAUCUUCCACCCGGCCCGGGCUUUCGGCCGCACAGCCGUAACGAUUCCGUUACGUCGAAAAAUGCGAGCGGUGAUGAAGACACCACCUCACGCAUCGAGGAAGAAAACGACACUGAGGAGGAAAACUCUUUCUCUAACAACUCUUCUCUGCAUCAUACACCGUCUAAGACACUGUCCCGCAAUGACACCGACAUUGACAACAUUGCGAUCGGUGCUGCAUCCGCUGUAGUGAAGGAGCGUCGCAUUAGAAAAAACAAAUCGUCCUCCCCGAUACCGAUCGGCUCAUGCCACACCGUAUCUGGGCACGAGGCGAUGGAUUUAGCGAAACGCUUAAGCGAGGAGCUCGCUGUACAGCAGCAACAGCAGCAGCAACAACAACAGCACCACCAGCAACACCAGCAGCAGCAGCACCAUCUAACUGGUUCGUUUGGUUCCGGCGCGACGAAAGAUAUAGCCCGGCCGCACAGCCCGGAUUCGGAACCGCGGGCCCGUUCCUUCGAACAUCAGCAGCAACACCACCACCACCAUCACCAUCACCAUAGCCAUCAGAACCAUCACCAGCAUGGCAAACUGCAUCAUCAUCACCGUUCGAAAGGCAAAGCUGGGAACAUGGGCAACGCUCGGGGAGCAGCAGAACGUUGCAAGGCGAAAGAUAUGCUGGAAGGGACAGAUCUUCAUUAUAAGGACGAACAGUGCGACGUUUGUGAUUCACUCGCAAUGGUGUCUCACGAAGUGCCGUGCACUAGAGCAGGUUUGACAUACUCGCCGUUGCCGUUGUCAUCACCACAAGAUCCGGAAGAGAGUGUACAGUUGGCGUCCGAAUGCGUUGAAGUUCCGCAAGGAAAUGCCGGUGAGGACCUACUGAAGCUGCACCUUGAAUCGAACAUAGCCGAGAAAGAGGAGGAGCAUGUGAGAACUACCCGGCCCAGUUUGUACAUCGGUCCACCCGAGUCUUCCUACAGCUGUGACUCGAUCAGCGAGUUCACACCCAAUCUAGACGAUCAGGAACUGUACGUAUCAUCUUUUUCCGAAUCGGAGGACGAAUCCGAACCGUCCCGGUACUACAGUGCCCUAGGGCAACAUGACUGCGAACUAGACGACUCCAUCGCCGCCAUUGGUCAGCAUUAUCUGCGCCGUUCCCUAUCAUACACCUUCUCCAACGAUGCGGAUCGCUAUAAUCUGCCCGCAGUCGAUAGUGGUGGAUGGCCGUGUGGAAGAAAAAUGUCGUCCUCGGUAGAAUCGCCGUCUGGAGGAAGAAAUCACCGUAACAUGCCACUGAUGACGCGCAGCUUCGAUGAGCUGCUGAAGGACCGAUGCUAUGGCGGUCAUAGUAACUGCUGCUGUCGCUAUUGCUGGAUGUCACCGAUUGAUAGAUAUUCGCUCCACACGAAGGACCAUGAUGUGGCGGAUACCGAGCUCAACGCACGCCAAAGUCGUUCACUGAGUCCUCCUCCUCCUCCGUGUUCGAGUGGGAGGCGUUUGCGCAGUAACGCCGCGUCACACCCGGCAACACUACAGGUCCCGUGUAGCAGUAACGUUAUACGGCACGAUGUUAGUGAUCAUGGCCGGUUGCGGAUUGUUCGUUAUCCGGUACGUGCGAUGACACGGUUCGCUAGCGAUCCAUCCCUACCAUUGGGCUUCGGCUGGACCGAAGCAUCGGUUAACGCACCGGACAUAGCGAACCGCUUUAGAUCUCCACCUGGGACAUCAUUGCUAGCGGAUCACCUAGUAGCACCGGAACCGAGUCAGCAACUUGUGUUUGUAACACUUACCACACCACCACCGGAUGAGUACGAUAGUGAACCAUUGCUGAGGCAGCUGUUUGAUACUACUGUGGCGGCUCCUUCUGGUAUAACGGCCAUGGAUAUUCAGCCUUCAUUCGGGUCGACCCAUUGUCGUAAUCUUCUCGGCACCGGUAACGAUGGCAACGACGAGCAAUGUCAAACUGAGGCCUUCGCUUCUUCGUCUACCUCCGCUCACCAUGAUGGUGUUCAUCGCUCAUCUGAUCGGAUUGGUUCCCCGUCCAUUUGCUCGUUACCACACGCCCCAUCCCAAGCGUCGUUUCCGCUGUCGCCAUCAAUGCAAACACCUGCGCUUGUCGCCUCACCGCCAGAUGUUGUUUCAUUGACCUGUAGUAGUUGUUUCGAGAUCCAUCUAAACCCUCCUAAUACUAGCCCUCGUAGCGACCCCGAUCGCCUUGAUACCAUUAAUUAUCAAUCUACUGACGUAGGUUGUACAUCCGCCACCUUAAUUACUAAUGCUACUCUUACUACUACGACUUCUUUUCUUGCCACUGUGCCAUCGUCUCCUUCCGUCACCACUACCACUGACACCAUCACCACCACCACCAACACCGCCGUUUGUUCUGCCGUUGCUAUCCCUUACCUUACACCCGUUGUGGUUGACACAAGUAACAUCUUUUCGGCUUGUUCUUCUUCCGUUCAUACCACCGACACGACGACGACGACUACCACUACCUCUACCACUACCACUUCUACUACCCCGUCCGCUAUUGGUUCACUAACCAUGCCGUCGUCGCUGGUCCCUGCCGUGUCCUCCGAACGCAAAAAAUCGCACCAUCCGCCCAAACUGCUCGUUAAAUCGUACACCAUAGACGGUAGCAGUGUUGGGGGUGCCGGUUACAGUUCGCUGAUGAUGGCUACCUCCACCACAACGACGACGACGGUGUCCGGGACAGAUGAUGCAGCACCGACAGCAGCAUCAGCAGACCACCCUAUCGACGAUGCAAACAAUGGCACACUCACCAGCACAGGCAGCAGCACUACCACCAUCACCGGUGGCGGCGGCUGCCUGUACUGCUGUACCACCGGUGGUGCGACCACCGUGCCAAGGAUGGCGCCAGGACCGGGCGCACUCUGUCACGGGUCGGGGUCCGGUUCGCUGUCGUCCUGCUGCUGCUGUUGCUACACCGGCUGCUGCUGCUGCUCGACACCCUCGUCGUCGUCGGCGGGAGGGCUCGCCGGGCCCGGUGUCGGUGGUGGUGGUUCCGCGGGUACACCCAAUGCUACGACGGUCCGACGCCAGCGGCACAGCAUUGCCGGCCAGAUGAGCUACUUUAAAAUGUUAGGUACCUUCAGUAAAAAGAUGGCGACCAGCACAAACAGUCUGUUCAGCACCGCCGUGAUCAGUGGCAGCUCGUCCGCACCGAACUUGCGCGACAUGAUACCGAGCACCGCAUCGCCGUCAGGAUUCGGCGGUGUGCCACCUAUACGUCCGCUGGAAACACUGCACAACGCGCUAUCCCUAAAGCAGCUGGAUGCUUUUCUGGAGCGCAUGACGAUUGGACCGCUGUUCAAAACUCCGGCCUCCUCACCACCACCGAAACAACUGCUGCUGACGGGAGGGACACCAUCGUCCGCCACCCAUCCGUCCGUCGGUACGAAAAGUCCACAGUCGUCGAUGGUGAUCGGUGGAGAGGAAAGCUUCCCCGAAGGGUCCACCGUACCUUUGGCCCAAUCAACACAAUCGAGCGCUACCCCACCGGCAGGAACUAUCGACGAACGGAACUCGCACCGUACUGCGAUGCGUGACUUUGCACCCCUGACAUCCGUUGGCCCAACAACUGGAGGAGGAGGAGGCUAUGUUGGAGGUGGAACAAACACAGCCGGACUCGUUGGUCCUGGUGGCGGGUCCAACAAUGGGGCCGGUAAUAUUGCCGGUGUCCAGCAGAGUUGGAGUGACCAUUCGAGCAGCAUGACCAGCAGCAUCAGCGCGAUGUCGAGCGGUGGUCCCAGCUCGCCGAACUACUCGGAAGCGUAUUCGCGCGGCUGCCCGAGCAGUGACAUGUCCGCCAGCAUCACCAGCAGUACCGAUGGCAGCCUGGCAGCAAUCGUUGGCGGCGAACAGGUGCUAGUAGCAUUACCACAGCUUUUCAGCCAUCAUCAGCAGCAGCAACGGAUGUCACCGAAACAGCCACCGGUAGCCGGCGGUAAGUCCGAGGAGGAUGACGAUCCAACCGUUGCCCGUGCGGUGAUGGGUGAUAGUUCGUUGGAUGUUACGUCCAGCACGACCGAACCGCACAUACGGCGCAGUUCUACGAUGGAUGUUAGUGGCGAGUUAACGCCUGUAAGCGGAUGUUCCGAUUGGGAAAGCAACACGAACGAAGCAACCAAAGGAUCGACGGCUAAUUACGAUCUGACGACCGCCAACACAACCGAGGAAGACGAUGAAGAUGCAACGCUCUCCACCGACACCUGCCUGAGUGUGGGUGAGCAGCAGCAGGAACAGCCUUUAAAAUCGAGCUGGGAUUCAACCGGUGUGGGCAAGGGACCGUCACCGGCGUUUCGAACCGCAUUCCCUCCAACGUUCGGUGCGGAGUCGCUCGACGGCGGCUGUAAGCUUGAUAACCGCGUACGUGGUAGCCGCAUCCAGCGACAGAUCAGUAUGUACGAAAAGGAGAGCCGUACGGACGUGAAAAGCCUACAGGAGGAGAAAGCGUACGAGUGGUCCGGCGAUGGGAACAAGUUUGAGCCGAGCGUCGGUCGCCAGCAGCACGCCCAAAUACUCCGAACACUGCACAUGUCCUUCGACGAACUGCGGAAGGAGCUACCGAAACCCGAGCUGCGUCACACACCUUCCCGGGCCAGCAGCAACCAGCCGGAGUUGAAAGGUGGUUCGCACACGAGACAGCAGCCAGAUGUGCCGGUGGUGGAGAUGCCACACCACACACCGGGCGCGUUAGUUAUCCGCGAAGGGUACAUCGAACCACCGCGGUUAACGCGCGUCACCAAAAGCUUCCACGGGAAAACCGACCACCAGAAGCUUCAUCUCGAGCAGCAGCAGCAGCAGCAGCAGCAGGAAUGCCGGCGUGCUAGCGACAGUCCCCAGUCACCGGCCGAAACGACAUGCCACAAUCGGGGCAACAAAAAUGCGUUACGUCAGCAGCAUUCGAGUGCCGGCACCAGUAGCAGCCAGGGACGCUUUACGACGUCGCUGGUGCAGGAAUCGGAACACGGCGGUGGUAAUGAGGGUUCAUCACUGGCAAAGUAAACACACGCACCCCCUGCGAUAGGAAAUAUAUGGUACGGGGGGGGGGGGGGAGGCGUGGGGGCGAGGCUGUGCUUUUUAGAGGGUGCUCUAGGAAUAAGGCUGCGGGAGACUAUAAUGGGCUAGAAUAUAACAAGCACACGCUUUUGUUUUGGUUGAAGCAAUAGAAAUAGAUUCGUUCGAACCUAUCGUUUCCUAUACUGA